CCAAACCGAUCUUCGAGUAAACCAUGGCGGAACCAGUAGUCGUUGUCGGCCAACGAUACAAAGUUACAACUUCAUACCAACCGGCGCAUGGGGACGAAAUUGUUCUAGCUCCUGGUCAUAUUAUAUCUGUCCUCCAUUCGUAUGACGAUGGUUGGGUGCUUGGGAAGAAUGAGGUAACUUUAGAAACGGGGCUGUUACCAGGAAACUUCCUCGCUCCACUGGAUGCACCGGAACCUUCCAGCACUAGCCAGCCUGAGAAGAAGGUUGCCGACAAGCGGAAAUCUUCGAUGCAAGCGCCACUUCCUGUUGAACAAGAGCCAGCAGAAGUAAAGCCGGCAAACGGCGCGGAAGCGUACGCACCGCAUGAAGUGGCGGCCAUUAAGGUGCCAGAUUUUCCUAGCGGGCUAGCCGCGGGUCCCCUCCGUGCGCCAUCCAUUGGAUCUAAGCCAAGUCGUGCCGAGCAAGAAGACGCUCGAAGAAAGCUGAGAGAUACUACUACCCGACGAGGCUCGCGCUCAAAGGUGCCUUCCAACAUUGGGGUUUUGAAGAUUGCGGUUGUGGGAGACUCUGGAAUCGGCAAGUCCUCAUUGAUCAAGUUGUUUCUCGGUUCAACGGAGGUGGUAGAUAGUACCAGCCCAAAGCCCAUUGAGUCAUAUACUGCCCUCCCUAUCCUUCAAACCCUGGCAUCCACUAUUCCAGACAGCCACCUGCUUGCUGGGGAGGAAAAGCUCAACCUUACGUUUUUGGAACCCCCAGGGUUUGGCAGCUAUACCGAUGCGAUGAGAAUAAUUCGGCCAACGGCAGACUAUAACAUUCUUCAAUUCCAGCGCACCGAUCGCGUCUUCGUCCGCGACAAACCGGUUCCCAGUGGGACGAUUGUAAAGUUCUUAAAUGCAGGGACCGGUGCCCAUACCCACGUUGACAUCUGUUUGUAUGCUGUUCUGCAUCGGCUGAAAGCUGUUGACCUCGAGUUUCUCCGACAAUUGGCACCGAGUGUUAGCAUCGUGCCCAUUAUCGUCAAAUCCGAUUCGCUAUCGUCAGCGGAGGUCUUUGCGCUAAAGGCCUCUAUUUUGGAGGAACUGUGGCGUGCAGGCAUCGAGGUGUACGGCUUUGGACUCUCGCAUGCUGAGCUAUUGCAAAUCGCUCAAGCUGGUGUAUCCGGUGCUGUUCCAUAUGCAAUCUCGGCAUCAAAAGUCGCUCCCGCUGCAGGCGCAACGGAUAAUGAUGAUGCUUUCCAUGGAGUAGUGAAUGAGUUUGAUAGCCUAAAGGACAACAUUUUAUACAACUAUAUCGGAGAGCUACGACAGCGCACAUCGGAGAAGUUUAUGAAUUGGCGAUCAACCAAUCUUCCAUGAUGAAUGUGGACAUAAUAAGAUUUACUUUCACUGUGUUGCAAGCACAACAUCCUUGCUGACAAUA